UACUGUAAGUCGUACAAGUCGUACAUCGUACAUCAUGUAUGAUCAUGUAGACGAUAGUGGAUAGUGCAGAGUUCAAGCAUGCAUCAAGCGCAUCCAAUCUAGAGUAAUGUGCAUGUGAUUUCGACGAUUUCAAAAUCUUUGCCAUGGUCUCUUUUUAGUACCACUUAUUUUAACAUUACAUCGCUUCCCCAAGAAUCAAAAUGUUUUUCUACUUUAAACCACCGAGAGGAUUUAUCAGUUCUGAUAUGCUAAAUAAGUGUGCUGUAUCCAGACUGAAAUUCUUUCUCAGCCAAAGCAGCCACACUUCUGAAGACUAUGAAUUUCUCAUAUUUGGAUCUGCCUACGAUAGGGCUGGCCAUUUUCUUCUCAGAUUGUUCGGUGCUUUUCAGUCGAAAGGACAUUUAACAAAGUUGUUAAUGGAUGGAGAAGUAGUGUUAUUCAUGGAACGUUUAGCAGGCAUUCCAAUUGAAGAAAAACUCAAAGCAUUCAGAUUACUGAAUCGACACAUAGUGGAAAUGAGGAACAGCAAUACCCUUAUGCUGCGGAGGGAUGAGAUGUACCAAGCGCUUUCCCUGUUAAGUCAUUUUCUUUCAAUGAGAAAUAUUUGCAAUCACAUCUUCCGAAACGGAGAGUGCAAUGAUUAUUGUUCCUCGUAUUCAAUAAAGGUUGACUUCAAAUCAUGUCUACAAUUAUUAAAAAAUCGCGAGGUUGUAUUAAAUAAUGGUAUCGCAACUGUUCCUUGUAGCAAGUGGAAAAUUAUGUUGAAAGAGCUAUUCAUCACUCAUAUGGACUAUGGUAUCAGAGAGCUGAUAGAGCUAAAAACAGUCCAGGCAGCCAUUCUAGAUUCACGACUCAUGGCAUCUUUCAGAGCUCUCGACAGCAUCCUUGUUGCAGCUAAUAUAAAAAACCACUCUAAUGGUCUGCGCUCUGAUUCAGGUUGUGAUGUGGUCAGAACUGAGGAUUUGGUAAAGGAAAGUAUGUGGUUCCCUCCUUGUAUGCUUCAUCUGUACAAAACUUUAAGAGCACGGCACCGACUGUCUCAUCAGGCCCGGUUUUAUUUCAGUUUAUUUCUGAAAGAUAUUGGAAUGCCUUUGAGUGAAUCAUUGGCAUUUUGGGAAGCAGAAUACUCUAAACCACUUUGCUCUGAGUCCACUUGCACACACUCCUGGCAGAAAAGCAGCAACAAGUAUAUCUAUGGAAUCAAACACCUCUAUGGUGUGGUUGGUGGGUGCAAGAAAUAUUCCUCUCCAACCUGCCGUAAAAUGCAGAAAGAAUUACUUGCAGCCCGAUCAGAAGGUGGUUGUCCAUUCAUUCACUUUGAUGAUCAGUAUUUAGAGCAAACCUUGGUUGAUUUAAAGAUCAAUCCAGAGUCAGGCUUUCAUUCAAUAAGAAAGACGCAACCUAUGACUGCUUGUCAAUUUUACCUUGCUUCUAAGCUCCCGCAAGAUAUCUGUGCUGAUCGUUUCUUAUCCCCCGUUCAGUUUUAUAAAACACUGAGAAGCAACGCUAAACCUGGAAAGCAUGACCAGCUGUCAAAAGAGUGAACCAAAAAGAGGAAUAACCAUUUUAUUUGCUGUCACUAAAUACUAAAGCAGAUGUGUCACGCUUAUUUAGCUAAAGUAAAAUCAAGCGC